UUAAUGCAAGGAAUGAUCGGAAUAUCGACGACCUCUAUGUCUAUAUUGGAGUCAUGUCUUCCUCUUUGGUUAAUUGAAAACAUGAAACCAACGCCGAAGAAGUGGCAGUUGGGUACUGUAUUCAUACCGGACAGCAUUGGUUACUUAAUUGGCACUAAUUUUAUGAUUUCAUAUUUCUCUAACAUUACUGAGAGAUGGUUUAUAGCGGUGUCUUCGUUAGCAGUGGUUGGCAUCAGUUGUGUGGCUAUACCUCUGGCAUCAAAUAUGUCUCAUUUAAUUCUCCCUCACUUUGGUCUUGGUUUAGGAAUUGGCACAAUAGACGCGGCAAUUAUGCCAUUUCUGGCUAAUAUAGUGGACACGAAGUACUUCACACAUUAUGGCAGUGUUUAUGCCAUCGCACAGACAUCGGUGUGUUUGGCCUACUCUUUAGGGCCACUAAUAAGCGGCCAAUUAUUACAAUACGGUCUGGACUUUACUGUCUUAAUACGUAUGGUUGGUCUCAUGAAUCUCUUGUAUUGUCCGCUUUGUCUAACUUUGAGGAAUAUUCAGUCUAAUGAAGAAAAGGCAAUCUAU